AUGGCUUCCUCUCCUCACUCUACUGAUGAGAACACCAACCAUGGAUCUCCAUCCACCAACCUGACUGCGUUCACUCCUGAGGCCGACUUCGGAUCCAAGGGACGUGUCUCUGACUUCGUUCGCCCUGUCUUGAAGCUUCGUCCUACCAAUCCCAAGCAUGCCAGUGUCUGCGAUGAGUCUGAAGAAGAUGUCUUCCUUACCGCCCCUGUUGCCGCCAAAGGCCAACAACUCUCUCCCACUGCUGAAGUCUUCACUCCAAAAUUGUCCAAUGGCUUCAUGAAGAAAGAGGGUCAGGCUCAGGCUGGAUACGUUGACCGUGCUCAAGAUACCGUUGGAUCGCGCAUGCCUGCUAAGUUCGCGUAUUUCCCCGUCAACGUUCCUGGAGCUCCGCGUCCUUCUCAAGUCCCCGCUGUCAAUCCAAACGCUGCUCGCUAUGGAUUUGGCUUGCUGAAACUUGAUGAGACUCCCUUCAAUCACGUCGCUGGUAUCUUCCUCCAUGACUUCGACAUCACUGAAGGUGUCUUCAGUCUUGAUGAGGGUAUCUCUCGUUCCUUUGUCGUCACCGGUGUGCCACUUCAGUUCACUUCGCAGGUCGUCAGCCGCCACUUCCCGAUUGAGUACUUCCCAAGCAUCAGAGGAAUCAACUCCACUGCAAUCUCCAGCGGCCUCUUCGUUGUGUCCUGCGCUGAUAUUCGCGAUGCAAAGCGAGCUGCGGACGUCGCCAACGCCAUCUUGCCUUACAGCUACAUCUUUCCCCUCAAGGCAAAGAAGUACACUUCGGACAAUGGUGGAGACCCGUCCCUCGUCACCGACCAUGAAGGACAAGUCAUCGUCAGUAUCUACUACAAUGGACAUGCCACUGCACCACCGGUUGAAGCAGCCCCUAUUGUUGCUGAGGUCAGACGUCUUCUUGCACAGUGUGGUGACGUGAAGGCUUUUCAUACCAUCCCCACUACCCAGACUCACGUCCGCGAGAUCCGUGUGGAAUUCUUCAAUGCCGACCUCGUUGAGGUUGCCAAGGAUGUCAUUCGCGGAACCAUCAUCCAUGGUGCUGUUUUGGAUGUCGCAUCGUUCCAGCCUGACGUUCGUGUUGUUACCGAGCUUGACGAGGAACAUCACGAACAACUUUCUGUCACUGGUCGCUCACGAGUCCCUUUCGAUCCUGACUACGAUCGUAUUGCUUAUGCAAUCCAGCGUGAUGGUCUUCGCAAUGGUCGUCGCCUCAACCAAGCCAUGAACCACAACGCCGUCGAUAUUGCUCGUAUCCAGGCUGGCCUUGAUGUCCGCACCACUAUCAUGCUCCGCAACAUCCCAAAUCGCGUUGAUCAACCCAUGUUGAAGAAUCUCCUUGAUGUCACCAGCCGUGGCCGCUACGACUUCAUGUACCUGCGCAUUGGUAAGUUGAAACUUGUCUCACUGUCUCAGUUGCUCAAUUGCUCACAACAUUGGCAGAUUUCGCAAACAACUGCAAUGUCGGCUAUGCCUUCAUCAACUUCAUUGAUUUCGUCCUUGCUCGCGCCGGCAAGCGCUGGAACUGCUUCGCCUCAGAUAAGAUUGCCGAGGUCUCUUAUGCUACCAUUCAAGGAAAGGAUUGUCUUGUCCAGAAGUUUCGAAACUCUUCCGUCAUGCUUGAGCACCCUGGCUUUCGCCCCAAGGCAACUCUUCGUCGCCGGCAAUGUUCAAAAUGCCGGGCAAGAGGAGAAGUUUCCCGAACCUGACAACCACUCAAAGAUGCGUCGUUCGGUCGAGAAUGCGGAGCAUGUUGGUCUGUACCUCCCACUUCGUUUGAAUCCUGGCUGGUACCCUGUGCCAAAUCCUGGUGCUGCUGCCUUUCGUCGUCGCCGUCCCAUGCGUCGCACCGGAAGAUUCAACGUUGCUGAGAUUGUCCGCAAUGGUGUCUACAUGCCUCCUGCUCGUGCCAACAAGCCCACAACGAGCAGCCCUCCCAAGGCUUCUGCAAACAAGACAUCACCGACACGUCGCCGAGUUCCUUUCUUCAUUGACACUCGCAAUCCUUAUGACCCGUUUGCCGGUCGUCCCCGCCGCACCUUCUCUCCGUGA